AAGAUGGUUAGAUCUAAGUCGAUUGUGGCUAAAGGGAAAGGGGAGUUGGGAUCUGGUCGGGUUAAGUCCCUUAAUCCGAUAUACUCUACCGUAGUGGAUCCGGCGGUGUUUGUCGAGCUCGCUGGCUUACCGCCGUCAGCGGAGGUGAAGAUUCCAGAUCCAGACGAAGAAGCUCUUGACUGUCCGGAGGGGUACGUAGUCAUGUACGAGUAUCCGUUCACAAUUGGCUUCAAAUUUCCUUUUACUCCGUUAGCUAGGUCUUUUAUUGAGGUUUUUCAUUUGAGUCCGGGCCAGUUAAUGCCCCAGAUCUGGCGGGUUUUCGCGGUGGUGCAAGGGGUUACCGCAGACUGGAAGGUGCCUUUUGACUUGGCCGACUUGAUGUAUUCUUACGACCUGGCGCUGAAGGAGUGUUGUAGGUAUACACUGGUUACGAAGAAGGGGAAGAAGAACUUAGGCGUUGGUUUAGCUGUGAACGACAGGGGUUGGCAGAGUCGUUUUGUCUAUGUGAACAAGGAUUCUUUGGGAGAGAAAGGACAUUUUUUGGUUGAAGGGUGGACGAUGGAAGGUAAAGGUGGUUUUUUGUCUUUGUUUCUCGUCGUUUUACUGAACGUCGCCUUACUUGGUUUUGUUUUGCAGUUGUCAAGGCAUCGUCGUUGGCUGAGUUGAACGCUGAUUCACACGACAAGUAUCAGAAGUAUUUAAGCUACUCUGUCGAGGACAGGUCUUUCAGUCGCGACAGUGGUCUUUUAGACGGGAAGGAGGAGACUCAUACUGACGACGUCCAAGGUGCAGAGGAGGAGGUAGAGGAGGAGACAGUUUGCUUGGUUCGUCGUCAAAAGAGGUUGAAUUUGACUGAAGAGGUGGUAGCAAAUUCGUCAUCUGCUGAGGAGGAAGAAGAUAUGGCUGAUACUUCAGGUUUUUGUGCUGACAUUUUGCUUUGUCUUUUUUAUUACGUUUUUUUUGGGGAUUUGUGUUUUAUCGUGUUGUGCUUUUGUUUGAAGAGCAUACGUUGUCAAGUAGGCCAGUGUCGAGGAUGUCGCAGAGCGAAGUGAUGGAAAGGGCGAGGAAGCGUCUGAGGUCGACUGCUGCUGCUGGUGGGCAGAGUUCGUCUGCUGUGUCUGGCAGUCGGGCCAUGUCUGUCGUCCCUCGACAUUCUAAGAUAGGGGCGUCGCCUGAUAUGCCCGUCGUCAUAGGUGGUGAAGGUUUUCAUCCCAUUGCUUCGUUGUCGCCUCCAAAGCCGUUCAAGGCGCCAUCGACUGCUGCUGUCACCAUUGGUAGUGUCUCCCCGGGUCGGCCAAGAAGUGUUCUGCCGAGAAGAGUUCUGCCGAGGAUACGGUUAUCUCUCUGCCCCCACGCUUCUUGGGCGAUGGUGAGACGGCUGUUAUUUGGCCUUGCGCUGAUCGUUUAAUUUUGCCCACGACGUAUCAGCGAUAUCAUGAGGUGGAUCCUCUUCCUGUCGCAUCGGACGCCGCUGAACUUAGCUUGCGGGCGUCUCAAGCCGCUUUGGCUGUGCGCAGGCAGUGUUCGCUGUUGUGCGACGAGUUGUCUAAUGCUGGAAAGCAGGUGGCGGCGACGAAGAAGGCGACCGCGUCGUGGGAGGCUAAAUGGAAGGUUGCUGAGAAGAAGGCGGUCGAUCUUGCUGCGGUGGUUAAAGCAAAGAACGAGCAGCUAAGGGGUAAGGACGAGCAAAUCGCCGACGCGGCUAAGGAAUUGGAGAAAGUGAAAGGGGAGUUGGCCUCGACUUCGGAGGAGAUGGAGGGGUUGAGGAGUUUGUAUGAGGCCACGACGAGUGUUCAAAAAUGAUAAAGUUUAAGGUGGGUAGCUGUUUUGGGCAAAUUCGACUUAGAGACGAGCUUGCCUUGAUGAAGGUGCUGACAAUCAAUCGAGCAAGAUAAUUGAAAGUAGUGAGAGCAAGUUGUAAUAGCAUGGAAUGAUCGUAGGUUUAUUGCUUAGAAUUCGUGUGUCCAAGUAGACAAAGACUAAGCCAUUUUAUAGGCAUUUACACUAAAAGUGUAACGUUUGUACUUAAUUGCACAUAAUUAGACAAUAAAUGCGUAAUGAAGGUCGGCUUCAUCAUGGGCUUGCAACAGCCGUUUUGAUCCCAACAGUUGAGAGUAAGUUCGAACGGUGCCACCAUGUGCCUUGCUGGCAGCCACGUAUGCAACGCCUUGCCACGUUUGCCUACAUCACCAAGAGGGUAUUUCCCCCCCUAAAAAUUGUCCCCAAACCCAUUUUGAAUUUAUUCCGGGAAGUUCAAAAAGGAAAAAUGGGUUUCACGGAAGGAAAAAUGGAAACCGCCUCUUAACCUCCCCAACGCUGACGGCGUUAGAGAAAUGAUGACUUUUGCUUUGGAAAGACCAACCGCCCAUCUGCGCCAAUAAAUAGGGUAGCGCACCCAACCACCCGUACUCACUUCUGCAAUCUCUCUCUUCUCUUUCCCAGAAAAGCAAUCGGCGCUCUUCCUCUCUCCUUUUUCCAGGUAACUGCUUGGCUUCCAUCUUCUUCCUUUCUUCUUUCUUUCUUCAAUUCUUUCUAUGUCGCAGCGAAUGGGAACGAAAUCCACCCGUGCGAAGAACAGAAGAGUGGUGGUGGAGUGCGACCUGGUUGAGGGGCCAAUUUUCAGCCCUACCCACAUUCUGGACAGAAAGAAUGCUCGACCGGCCACUUGGGGGAAGCAGGAUGUGGAGGCGCUCAAGGAGGAGUGUGGUUUCCCUCCGUCGGCGGUAAUUCGGUUGCCGCAGCCCGAAGAACGGGCCGAUUGGAUAUCGGACGGUUGGGUGUGCUUUUAUGAGUACCCCUUCAGAAUUGGGUACACUUAUCCUUUCUCGCCACUGGUGCGAGAAGUUCUGAGGGCACUGGCGGUGCCGCCGGCGCAACUGAUGCCGCAGGUCUGGAGGGUGAUGCAUCUGGUCGACCAUUUGGCCGGCAAACUGGAUAUGGAAUUCCGAGUUGAGGACCUUGUUUACACCUACAAGGUCCAGAAUUAUGGGGCUGGUAGAUACUUGCUGCAUGUCAAGGAUGACAGGGAGGCUCUUCUUGGUGCGGACAAGUCGAACGACCGCGGGUGGAUGGGUCGUUUCUUUUUUGUGGAGUUGGCUAGUUUAGGGCCCGACUCCGACUUCUUGACGGGGGAAUGGAUGGCUAGAGGUAUUUUUGUUUGUUUUUGUGUUUUUUGGGCUUGUUGAUUUGACUUUGUCUCACUUUCUUGUUUUUGUAGGUGCGUCCUUCGACACAGUUGGAGUCGGUGCCUAAGCUAUAGAAAAGACAGUUGUGCUGUUGGGGGUCCCUCUAAAGGACAGAGCUUUCAUCGGCCUCAAGUUCGGUCGUGAGGAGGCCUCUCAAGAAGAAGAACUUUCUGAGCCUGCAAACAUGUCGACGUCAACAGGUAAACAUGGGUUAGGGUUAGUUUACAACUUUGGGUUCGUUGCCCUUUUCAAAACGAAAUAUAAAUUACAACUGUUGUGACGAGACUGAGUCGUCGAAAAAAUACUAUCAACAGGAACUGGCCCAUCGACACGCUCUGGCAAGGCCCCAUCUGCGGACGCGUUGCUGAGGAAGAGGUUGGAGUCACUGGGGAGUGUGUCUCGAGCCAAAACCAUCACUGUGCUCUCACCGCCGAAGCCGCAAAAGGCUUUCAAUUGACGCCACGGUGACGGGGGAGACCAGCUCGCUCAUGCCUGCUGAGAAAAAGCUGCCGCCUCCAACUCGGAAGAGGAAGCUCGCCGUAGAGUUUCCUGACGACUACAGGUCGGCAGAUGCGCCACGGGUUCAGCUUUGGCCUGAGGUUGACUGUCUAUGGAUGCCGUCAAGCCGGGAACGUCAGGAAUCCUUGUCCCCAGUUGCUGCAACUGUCGAGAGCGUCUCGGAUGCAUGGAGGGCCCUGCAAUCUGCUUUAGCCACACUUCAUCAUGUCAUAAUGUUAGAAGAUCAAAUAGUAAAGCUGAAAAAUGACAUGAAGAAGGCAAAGCAGGAAGCUGGUCGUCUUGGCGGUGUGGCCAAGGAGGCGACGGCCAGAGCUAAAGCGUUGCAAGUGGCGCAAGAAAAGGGGGCUGCUGAGGUCGCGCAGUUGAGUGCCGAGAAGGAGACGCUGGUUGCUGAGGUUGACGAGCUGAAGACGUCUCUCUCCAAAGUCAAGGCGAGGAUUUACGAGUGUGCUGGUUACUACACUUGGAAGAUGAAGGCCGAGAUGAUGGAGGAAUUCAAGGCGGGCAAACAUGUGAACUGGACUCCUAAUGAAGACAUUGCUCAGUUCAACACUGCAUUCCCCGAGGACUAUAUCCCCCCUGGUGCCGUUAGCGAUGAAGAAGAAGUUGAGGAGGGUGCAACUGCAACCAGCCCCAAUGCCGAGACGGUGGCGGCACCAGGCAAUGGCAAACAAGGGGAGAAUGCAGGCCCAGCAGAUCCUCAGGAGUAGCUCUGUCCCCCCUCCUAAAAAAAUUUAAAAUUUUAAUGGUGUGUGUUUCAAACAAUGGAUCGUUUUAAACAGUAUUUUGUGUGUUCGGCCUUUGGAAAGGUCGAAAAGAUAUUUGUGGCUGUGUUUCGCCUUGAUGGCGGCAGUCUUUUGGAUGUUUUUGGGCUUGUCCAAGGGGGCAAGUCAUGUAAAUAUUUUGUGGGUUAUAAAUUAUGUGUUGCUUGCUUUGUGUUUGGAAAAAAUAUGCGUUGGUGUGGUGUUUUGUUUUGCAGGUUGGGCACAUACCUCGAGUUCGACUUUGGAGACGUCUCCAGCAUGUCAAAGGAGAACCUGCAAAAUGUAUACUGUAGAAAAUGUAGAUCUGUAUUCCAUUGUGUAUGUAACGUACAUUGUAGUGUACCAGGCGUUUUUAUAAUGGCCUAAAUUGUGUUUUGUAGUUUGUAAAAUUGUAAUAUGUGAUGUAUACAAUCAUGUUUGAAAUAAAAUUAACAAAGUUUCCUGCUA